GGCUCCCUCGCACCUACUCCCUUGCUUUGUCAACACCUCCCCCCCUCCUCUCAACGCUCAUCGUCACCAUGUCGUCUGAGCAGCGUAACCGCAAUGCCCUCAUGGAGCUGGUCGGCCGGCCCGAGAACAAGACCUGCGCCGAUUGCGGCGAGAAGGGUCCCCGUUGGGCUUCCUGGAACAUCGGUUGCUUCAUUUGCAUGAACUGUGCCGGUGUCCACCGCCGCCUGGGCACCCACAUCUCCCGCGUCAAGUCCAUCACCCUGGACAACUGGACUGAUGAGCAGCUUGCCUCCAUCGCCAGCAAGGGCAAUGCCAAUGUCAACGCCAUCUACGAUCCCCACCCUGAGACUCGCCAGCCUCGCGACCUGAAGAACUCCACCAACCUCGAGCGCUUCAUUCGCGACAAGUACGAGGCCAAGAUCUUCGCCUCGCGCGUUCCGGGCGCCGGCGCCUCCCACAUCCAGCCGGUCAACACCACCAACUACCAGUCCGCCUCGGCCAGCAGCUCGUCCUCCUCCUUCCGCAGUGGCGCCACCAGCGCCAGCUCCGCUUCGCAGAUCCCGGCCAAGUACCACGACGAUCUGCGCCGUCUGUCGGAGAUGGGCUUCGACAACACCGAUCGCAAUCUCCAGGCUCUGAAGCAGGCCCGUGGCGACCUGUCGGCUGCCAUCAACCUCAUCCUCUCCAGCGAGGGCAGCCGCCCGGUGUCGCCGAGCAUCCCGUCGGCCUUCGGCGGGCGCUCCGGCGCCGCCGCCGCCGCUGCUCCUCCGAGCAAUGCCAUCCUCGACAGCGACCCGCGCCUGCAGGCCCUCAACAACAUGGGCUUCACCAACAAGGCCGCCAACAUCGCCGCCCUCCAGGAGGCCAACGGCAUGAUGCCUCGUGCCAUUGAGAUUCUGGCUUCUCGCCCGGCUGCUGCUGCUGCUGCUGCCCCGGCCUCCGCCCCGGCUGCCUCCUCCUUUGGCGACUUCUCGAGCGAUCCCUUCUUCUCGUCCCCGGCUCCGGCUGCCGCUGCUCCGGCCGCCAGCAAGCCCCAGGCUGCCAAGCCUGCUGCCAACGAUGGCUUCGGCGAAUUCUCCAACUUCGGUGCCCCGACCGCUGCCGCCACCACCUCGGCCGCCAACGACCCGUGGGGUGGUUCGGACUUCUUCGGUGGCGGCGCGGCCGCCGCCCCGGCCGCUGCCAAGUCGACUGCCUCCUCCCCCGGGCUGGACUUGUUUGCGGACUUCUCUUCUCCGGCCACUCCGGCCGCUGGUGCCCAGCAGCCGGCCGCCCCGAAGGCUUCCAAAAACGACAUCAUGUCGCUGUUUGCCACGGCCCCGAGCGCGCCGAUCCCGCAGCAGCCGGCCCCGGUGCACGGUGGCAUGUAUGCCGGCAUGCCGGCUCAUGGCGGUGUGUAUGGCCAGCAGCCCGCGGUUCCGGCCGGUGCCUAUGGCCAGCCGAUGCCGGUGGCGGCCGGUGCAUACGCCGGUGCCGCCCCCGGUGGCCAGAUGAUGUUCCCUGGCGGCGGUCAUGCUGGCAUGAUGCCUCAGCAGCAGCCGCAGCCGCAGCAGCCCGGCUUUGGCAUGGGCUACCCGGCCCAGCCGCAGCAGCAGCCGCACCAUCACCACUACCAGCAGCCGCAGCAGCCGUCCUUCUUCGAUGCGGUGGCCAGCCGCCCGUCCGCCACCCCGGUGGACCCCUUCGCCAGCAUGUCUACCGGCUCGGCGAUGCCGGCUGCCUCGGCCCCGGCCGCCGCCGUUCCCCAGAAGGACGCCUUCUCCGAUCUGAUGAGCUGGUAGGCCUGCGCGAGGUAGUAGCGCCCACACACAUACACAUAUACAUGCAUGUGCGCAUGUGCGCAUGUGUGUGUGCGUGUGCGGGGGGACACGCCAGGGGCCGGGCAGAUGAUGGCGGAGGUUGCGCGCGUGAAACAUGCCCCCGUCCAGGGAGGAGGACAGCCGGCAUUUUUUAAUGACCCAAUUUCAUGAGGGGACCGGAGGACAGCAAUGGCCUUCUUCCAGGACUGGUUCUUCCUCCUCCCCCCCCC